UUGUAAGUGAAGAUGUUGCAUUUACUUUCAUGCUAAAUGGGUUAGCCAAUAUUAAUGAUAGUGAUGAUUUUGAACCAAGUUACCAAUACAUGGAUUUUUAUUUGAAUUAGGUAUUUUUUUCUGUAAAUUUAGACAAUUUUGUUGGUGUACCAUGAAGAACUAUGUAAAAAACAAAAGAAUACAAUGAUUUGUAUAUAAAGAAUUAGGUAGUUAAAACUAUGGUGGAAUCAUUCAAUUUUGGAGGGAGUCGAAAGACGGCAAAGCCUUUUGAAAAUUUAAAGAACUAAAGAGCUAUCGUCCAAGCCUAUUGCAACAGUGAUAGAUGCUCCUUUACUCACCCAGGAUUGGCAUAUUGGGAUAGAGUUCCGUGAGAAUUAGUAAAUAAAAUAGCUACAUAUUACUAUAAUUAUCAUCCUCAUAUGAAAUAUUUACUCUAUAU